CGUGCCUUCUGCUGCAAUGGAUCCGCCGGGCGACGCUGCGAUGCCUGGAUUGGGCAAGAGCGAGCCGAAGAAGCGAAAGAAGGGCCCCAGGGACUUUGAUUGGUCCAAAGCGACCUUUCACCACUUUGUGCUAAAGAUUGCAUACGUGGGCACGAACUACCAUGGCAACGCUUGGCAGGACCCCAAGAUCUGCCCCACUGUGGAGGCCUCGCUCUUCGAGGCGCUGCUGAAGACGCGGCUGAUUCAGGACCGGAGCAGUUGCAACUUCUCUCGCUGCGGGCGCACGGACAAGGGCGUGCACGCGGCGGGCAACUACAUCUCCCUGUCGCUGCGCCUCAAGCCCGGCGCCGACGGCGCCGAUGCCGGGGAGGACUUUGAUUAUCCCAGCAUGCUGAAUGGUGUGCUUCCCCAAGACAUCAGGGUCCUGGCGAGCUGCCGGGCGCCCAGCGACUCCUUCGAUGCGCGCUUCUCCUGCCUCUACCGUGCCUAUCAGUACUACUUCCCCCACAAUGGUGAAGACUUGGAGCUAAUGCACCUUGCAGCGCAGCGCUUUGUCGGGGAACACGACUUCCGGAACUUCUGCAAAAUGGACAUCGAGAACGUCUCCAACUUCCGUCGCCGCAUCCUCUCCGCUUCCGUCGUCAACUGCGGAAAUGGCGUGGCGCAGUUCUCGGUCACCGGGGUGGCCUUCCUGUGGCAUCAGGUCCGGUGUAUGGCAGCUGUGCUGCUGUUGAUCGGAAGCAAGUUGGAGGAAGCUGAGGUGAUUACGGAGCUGUUGGACGUGGAGAAAUGGCCCCGAAAGCCAUUGUACGAGCCGGCGGACGAGUCGGGCUUGGUUCUGCGCGACUGCGGCUUCUCUGACGUCAGCUUCGCCCCGGGGUGCCCCGCGGCGCCCGCAGGAGAUCCCAGCGUGACGGUGGCCUGCAAAAGUGCUGAAGAGGCCUUCACGUCGAUGCUGCAGCGCCACCUCCGCUUCGCCGCCGUCCUGGCCUGCCUCGCCGCCGCUUCGAAGCCCGCAGGGCCGGCGGGCGACACCGGGCCCAAGCGGCACGUGCCGCUGCGACAGCGAGCGCUAUGCCCUUCUCUGGAAGAGAAGCAGCAGGCCAUGGCCGACAAGCGCCGUGCAAAGGCCACGGCGCAAGACGACGCUGCGCCCGGAUGACCCGACAAAAAUCCGUGGGGUGGAUCCGGUGACAAAGUUG